GUGAGGAGGGGGAGUCAGAGCGCCUCAAUGAAAACCACAUGGAGGGAGAAGAGAGCUGAACAGGGACAGAAGAAACACAGAGCAGCUGGAGCAAGGACUGCAGAACCAGGACCAGAACCAGGACCAGAACUAGAACCAGAACCAGGAUCAGGAACAGGACCAGCAACAGGACCAGCACCAGUGUCAGGAGUAGGAGCAGCUCAGUCCAGAACCAUGUCAGAGUCCAGCAGAAGGAGAAGCUCCAGUAGGCAACUUCUGCAGAACCUCAUCAGGGUGACGGCGCAGCGCAGCCAGGAGGAUGCCGAGGAGGUGGAACGUGAACGGAGGAGGAGAGCCAGGGAGAAGCAGCGAGGAGAGGGAAGCCCCUCCUGGCCAGAGCCCCUCCAACACAACGAGCGCACACACAACACAGAGUCAGAUGAGGAGCUGAAGCCCAGCUGCUGCUUGGUUCUGGAGGAGGACGAAGGCUUCAGCGACUGGAGCAACAGACUGGAGAACAGAAACGAACAGGAGGUUCAGGACGACUGCAGGACCAGACGGCCGAGAGCUUCAGCACCAGCAGAACCAGAGAAGGAGAAACAGCAGGAGGAAGAAGAGCAGCAGGAGGACGGAGGAGGAGAACCAGAACGAAGCAGCUGGAAACAUGAAGCUUCAACAAGACCUGCAGAGAAGAUGUCCAGCAACAAAAAGGAAACCAGGACGUCUUACAGCUCAUCGGUCUUCCUGCAGCAGGACACCAGACUGCAGCACGUCGCUGGACGACCAGCUGACCGGACGUCCUACCUGGCUGCAGGGACGAUGAGGCCACGUGGAGGAGCCUGCAGGAUGGAUGAGGAGGUGGAGCAGGAGGUGCAGAGGGAGGAAGAGGAGGAGAUGCAGCCAACUUUGCAGAGAGAGUGGAGGUCAGCAGAAACCCGACAGACCCUCGAAGAUGAAGAAGAUCAGAAGGAAGAAGAGCUGAACUUCACACAUGAAGAGAAGGAAGACUUCAGCCUGAGGAGGGAGCAGAGAAAUGAGGAAGAGGAGGAGCAGAGGAUGGAAAACAAGAGAUCGGAGGAGAGCAGCGACCGGAGGAGUGAGGAGGUGAACAGAAGAUCAGCAGCUUCUCUGUGCAGCAGCAGUGAAGGCGAAGAGACUUUAAACUGCUACGGCCCCAUGAGUCCAACGUUCAAGAAACUCCUCAUACAGUUUUACCCAGAUGAAGUGAACAGCAGAGUCUCAGCAGACGGAAAAUGUACGAUUACAGAGAGAACAGAGUCUCUGAGGAGAAGCACCAGCAGUAUAAAGAAGACGCCUCCGCCUGGUCCUGUUUCCAAGAUUGACAAGAAGCUGGAACAGUACACACACGCUCUCGAGGUCGCCUGUAAGGAAGGCAGAUCAGGCUGUCAGGUGUUGACGGACCUGACGAGUCCCUCAGAACCAGUCGCAUCCAAGAAGAAUCUGUUUGAAGCCGGAGAAGCCUGGAACCAGAACCCCAUCUCAGUCGCUCCGUCCAAGGAUGCAGAUGUUUUAAAAGUCGGCGUGGCUGAUCUCAUCCAUCAGUGGGUGAAAGGAAGUGAAGAUGGAAGCAGGUGCAGCUCGCCGUCCAAACCAGCAGAAAUAAAACCUGGAGGUGUUUUAAACAAGAAGAAUUUAUGGGAGAGUCUUGGUGACACUUUAUCUCCUGGAAGAGAAGGAAAGGAGAGCUCGUCUGGUAAAAGAUAUAAAUUCGUGGUGGCUGGUCACGGCAAGUAUGAGAAGGUUUCUGCAGACAGCGGCUGCAGCGAAAACUACCAGUCAGCUGGACAGUUCUAUGAAGAUUUGUGAAGCGCAUGUUUGGAUAAAGGGGUAAAAAAUAAAUCAGCCACUCUGACUUCACCGACUUCACCGUUCUGUUUCAAGCUUAAGGUUGGAAAAGUACUUAAAAGAGAAUUCUAGUUUAUUUCAACCUGAUGUACUUCUCAUUAACGUGUCUGUUACUUUCCACUCUUCAUCUUCACUGUGGAUAAUGGAGAAAUGAGAAGAUGGGUGUUUACAAAGAAAAAUGAUUUUUACACAAAUCUUUUAAAUGUUUGUUUUCAGUCUGACUGUAGUUAAACACAGAAAUGAUCCGUCUGGAAUGAACAUCUUGGUAACUGCAUUAGAGAUCUCCAUCUGGGGAUACUUGACCUGAUCACCAGCUUGUCCACCUGAGUGCAGUGGUUUGUUUACAUCUGACGUCCACUGUGAGAUGAAGACAACAAGACUAACUGGUUCGCUCAUGGAGGAGGAAACUUUGCUGCAUGGUUCUUGGAUGAGAGUAAUUCCAGCUGUGAGAAUAUGACUAAUGAAUUUACAGCUUUGAUAAACAUCCUACAGAUGGUGUUUCAUCUUCACAAAAUCAGCUGGAAGAAAAGACCGAGAGCAGCUGGAGCAACAAUCAGCUUCACCGUACUGUCAGUAAAAACAAUAAAGUUAGCAAAAUGUCCGUUCCAGGGGUCUAAUUUCUGUUUACUUUCAGUCAAACUGAAAACAAAUGUUCAAAAUGAUUCAUGGAAAAAGUACAAAGUCUUUCAGGUUUGGGGCCUAAAGUUAUCUCAACACCUGGACUCGCAGUUAAUGGAUUAGUUGGAUUCAGGCCAGGUAUUUUGAUAAUCAAAUGGUUUGGCUCUAUUUAUAAAAAAAAAAAAAAAAAAAAAGAUUAAAUUGCAGCUUUUUAAACUUCAUUAUUUCCUGUUUUCUUUCCUCCUCUGUGACAGUAAGCUCAAUAUCUUUGGGUUGUGAACAAAACACUGAACAACAUUUUUCUCCAUUUUCUGACCUUUCAGAGACCAAACAUCUGACGGAUUAAUCUAGAAAAUAAUCAAUAGAUUAAUCAUCAAUACGGGGGGGGGGUCCUUGACUUACAUCGUAGUUCCGUUCCUAUGGCGCGACAUAAGUCAAUUUUCGCCGUAAGUCGGAACUCCGGCUAAAAUGUAAACAAAGCCGUUACGUGCAUCACGAUAUCGAUCAGUUCUUUGGAAAAGUCAUGAAUACCAAUGAUCAUUUAAUUUCCAUGAAGAUGACUGUCAUCAGAAGAGUCUGACUUACGCUUGGGAGCCAUAAAGAAGGGCAAAAAGUUAGUGAAUGCAGCACAAUCAAGGUGGUGUAUCACCAGCGAAUGUAAACAAAGCCGUCUUAAAGCGCCACGUGAGACAACGUAUUCAUCCGCUCGCCAACUAGUUCCCUGUAACCAGUUCGGACGUAAUGACGAAACACCGUAGGACGAUGACGAAGUAAACCGAGAUCACCCUGUAUAAAUAUUCCUAUGAAGCAGCCCAAACCACAGUAACCAUUAAUGAGAAAUAAGCAGGUUGACAUGAACCAGGAUUCUCCUUUAAAUCCUGUUACUUCCUGUGACUCUUUGUUCUAAUUCUGCAAAAUGUAGUGAAGCAAAACAUCUAAAUAUGUUUGUAGAUUCUCAGUCAUCCUGGUCUUAGUAGAACUAAGAGCUUCAGUAAGAGACACCUGGACUUCUCUGUUUGGUUCUUGAAGCUGCUUUACCUUCAUUCAAGUGAACUGAAAUGAACUGCAGACGCCUUUUCAGUUCACUUCAGGUCUCAAGUCCGGUUUCUUUGUACUGCAGCUCUUAGUAUCAGCAGGUGGAUGUUUUCCUGUUUAAUCUGGACAUGUAUUCCUUUUAUCCUGUGAAUGACGUCUCAGUGUAUGUCUUAAUGUAUCUUUGAUUACCAUGAAAUAAAUUCCAUGUAACGGA